AUGCCAAAUAAUAAAAAAAGACCUAUUGAUUAUAAAGAUAAUAUUUCACCUAAGAUAAAUGAUGGAAAGACAAAAAAAAGAUGUAUUGAUAAAAAUGAUAAUAUUACAACAAUGGACACAAUAAAAAAUGUUUCCUUGCUUGUACUGUCCACAGGAGAUGCUUUUACAAAUUAUGUACCAAUACUUAAAACAGUCUGUGAUUUAUGUGAAACAAUUAUUAGACUUUAUGAUACUAUUAAAGAAAAUAAGACAAUUUCUAUAGCAUUAAUUCAUAGAGUUGAAUUGGCACAUGUGGCCAUUAAACAAAUGGAAAGAGAAAAAGAAGCAAAUGAAGAAAAUUUCCGUAAAGAAAGUUAUUUUAAAGCAUUUAAUAGGCUUGAAGCUGUUUUGAAAAAUAUUAAACAUUUUAUUAAACAUAUUUCAAGUUAUGGAGGAUUUAAAAAAUUUUUAAAUGCUGAUCACAUUAAAAAGUGCUAUGAUGAUCAUGUUAAAAAUUUGGAAGGAGCUUGUGCAGAUUUACAAUUCAAUGUGAUUCUUUCCAGUUAUCAUACAAUGAAACAACAAGACAAUAACAUGGAGAAAUAUUUUGCUAAAAUAUACGAAAAAUUUGAGAAUUUGGAAACAACAAUGCAGAAUAGUGAAUUAGUUUUAAUAAAAAACUUAUCUAAAUAUGUGUCAUCUGACAAUUUCGAACUUAAUCCUAUAGUGAAAUUGGCAAAAAUUGAUCCCAGGAAUAUAGAUGAUGUAAAAUUAAGUCACAGAAAGGAUACAGAUGUAAGAGGUGCAAAUAAAAGGGUUGUUAAAAAAAUACUUAGAAAAACAGUUGAGGUGGCAUGUAAAGCUAUUCUACAUUAUCCAAAGGAUGAUGGUACCUCUGAAUCAAAAAAAUUUCAAGCAAAACUUGCAAUACUAAAUGCUAUUCAAU